AUGACUGGCAAGAAGAGAAACAGCAAGGUCCAGCCGGGCAACUUUAUGGGGCCGCCAACCAAGGUUGCCGACAGCGCGUACCUGAGCGGCUCUGACCCAGAGAUCGCCGGUGACGGCACUGACGUAAUCAAGUCUGACGGCUAUCUGGAGCCGCACAGGCAGUACUUUGGCCAGCGGUUUGCGCACUUCAAGCGGUGGGUGCGCGACAUUGAGCUGAGCGAGGGCGGCAUCGACAAGUUCUCGCGUGGAUACGAGGAUUUUGGUCUGCAUGUCACCCCGCAGGGCGUGCGAUACCGCGAGUGGGCACCUGGAGCCAAGGAGGCGUCGCUGGUGGGCGACUUCAACAGCUGGGAUGUCAACGCCAACAAGAUGACGCGCAACGAGUUUGGCGUAUGGGAGUGCGUGGUUCCCAACGUCAAUGGCAAGGUAGCGAUCCCGCAUGGCAGCCAUAUCAAGGUGUCGUUUGUGACGGGCAGCGGCGAGCGCGUGUACCGGCUGCCGGCGUGGAGCACGCAUGUGACGCAGGAUCUGAGCAAGAGCCCGAUCUACGACAGCGUGUUCUACAACCCGCCCAACAAGUACAAGGUCAAGAACACGCAGCGCGUGGUGCCGCCGGCCGACCUGCGCAUCUACGAGGCGCACGUGGGCAUUUCGUCGCCGGAGCCGCGCGUGGCCACGUACAAGGAGUUCACGCGCGAUGUGCUGCCUAUCAUCUGCGACCUGGGCUACAACUGUGUGCAGCUGAUGGCGGUGAUGGAGCACGCGUACUAUGCGUCAUUCGGGUACCAGGUGACGUCGUUCUUUGCGCCAUCGUCGCGGUAUGGCUCGCCCGACGAUCUGCGCGAGCUGAUUGACACGGCGCACGGCAUGGGCAUUGUGGUGUUCCUGGACGUGGUGCACUCGCAUGCGUGCAACAACGUCGAGGAUGGGCUGAACCAGUUUGACGGCACCGACCACUGCUACUUCCAUGAGGGCGGCAUGGGCCGGCACGAGCUGUGGAACAGCCGGCUGUUCAACUACGGCAGCCACGAGGUCAUGCGGUUCCUGCUGUCGAACCUGCGCUACUGGGUCGAGGAGUUUGGGUUCGACGGGUUCCGGUUUGAUGGUGUGACAUCGAUGAUGUACAAGCACCACGGAAUCGCGUACGGCUUCAGCGGCGACUACAACGAGUACUUUACGGGUAACACCGACGAGGACGCAAUUGCGUACCUGAUGCUGGCCAACUACAUGUGCCACAAGCUGUACCCGGGGUUUGUCACGAUCGCCGAGGACGUGUCGGGCAUGCCGACGCUGUGCCGGGCAGUGCCUGAGGGCGGAGUGGGUUUUGACUACCGGCUGACGAUGUCGAUUCCAGACAUGUGGAUCAAGAUGCUCAAGGAGCAGAAGGAUGAGGACUGGAACAUGGGCCACAUUGCGCACCAGCUGACGAACCGGCGGUACCAGGAGCGGGCGAUCACAUACUGCGAGUCGCACGACCAGGCGCUGGUGGGCGACAAGACGCUGGCGUUCUGGCUGAUGGACAAGGAGAUGUACACCAACAUGAGCGACCUGACUGAGCUGACGCCGGUGGUGGAGCGCGGGAUGGCGCUGCACAAGAUGAUCCGGCUGGUGACGAUGGGUCUGGGCGGCGAGGGCUACCUGAACUUUGAGGGCAACGAGUUCGGGCACCCCGAGUGGCUCGACUUCCCGCGCGAGGGCAACGGCUCGAGCUUCCACUACGCGCGGCGGCAGUUCAACCUGAUCAAGGACGAGAUGCUGCGGUACAAGUACCUGUACCGGUUCGACAGGGCGAUGCACCAUCUGGAGAACCAGUUCCACUGGCUGUCGUCUCAAGACCAGUGGGUCACGCUGAAGCACGAGGGCGACAAGGUGCUGGCGUUUGAGCGCGGGCAUCUGCUGUGGGUCUUCAACUUCCACCCGACCAACUCGUACACGGACUACCGCAUCGGGUGCAGGUGGGCUGGCAAGUACGUGCCGGUGCUUUCAACGGACGACAAGGAGUUUCUGGGACAGGGCCGCGUUGACCACUCGGUCGAGCACUUCUCGACGCCGCUGGAGUGGAACGGCCGCCCCAACUACAUCCAGGCGUACCUGCCCGCGCGCACGGCCACGGUGUUCAAGGUGGUGGAGUAG